AUGAAUAUUUCGUUACUAUCAUCCGCACAGAUCCAAAAUGCGUUAAGUCAUCAGUUAUACAUUUCAUUAACAGAUGACUCCUCAUUAUCUGUUUUAUGCUACGACACUGUUCUAUGUUAUCUAGUCAAUGUCAUUGGUCAUGGAUCGCUGAAUGAAAUUGAAGACAAUUUGAAACGUUAUUUUACCUAUAAACAAUUGGAAGAAGCAUAUUCAAAUCUACAAAAUGUUCUUCAUUAUUCGUUAUCAAUUCUGAAUCCUGACCAAGAUCAUCAUACACAAGAAAUUCUUCAACAAUGUCUAGAUGAUCUACAUGAUUCUUCAUGUUUGCUGGCACUUAUUCAGUUGAUUCAUACCAAUCGACUGUUUUCCUAUUUACCAGUCUUUGUCAGCAACGAUUGGAUCAGUAUGAUACGUAAUGUUCAAGAUUUGGAGAAAAUCGAUGCGCCAUCUUCAUCGACGAUGGAGAACUUAGAAAAUCAAAUGAUUAACUUGAAAGAAAAUCUUUUCUCGUUAAAUCAACUCGUUGACAAUCUGAAAAAUGUUCCAUCAAUAGUCUCACCCAACAUUGACUCAACUUCACUUACAGAUCAAUGUUGUCUACGCACAUAUUGCCAACAUGCAUUAAAUUCACGCAUAGCAUCGAUCAUUGAUUCUCCGUCAUCAUCGUGGUCAUCACUUGAUAAUGAAAAGCCAGCAUUGACAUCAUACAAUCGGACGAUUCCUGGCUUUAUUCGUAAUCCAGUUUCGAGUUUUCUCAUGCCAACUGCACCAUCUACAAAUGAACAAACAGGUCCAAUGUUCUCACUCGAUGAUAACAUGAGUAGCGACGAGGAACUCUCGAUGAAUUCGAAGACAGGCUCGAUCGUGGUCAUUCGAGAUGAUGAUCUCUGGAUAUAUCCGGCUGGUGUGGAUCUUCAAAAACCGAAAGCGAAGUUUCCAGAAUACAACAGAUCUCACUCACUAUUCGACACAGUUCUCGAGCGCAAACAAUCCUUUGCGCGACGUGUAAGCUUCGACGACAAUGAUUUCGUUUCGAGAAAGACUUUUGAGAAGAUGCCAACGCAGGUAAAAAAGCAAAAGAAAGGAAAAGCUGCAACGGACGAAACACCUUGGUUUCCACAACGAAUUACUGAUUUAGAUCAAUGCUCAGUUAAAGUUCUUCUGUACGGAGCUGAUCUUGAUGCUGAUCAUCCAGGUUUUACCGAUCAAGUCUAUCGAGCUCGUCGGAUGUAUUUUCAUGAUCUAGCUAUCGCAUACAAACAUGGUGAUCCUAUUCCACGUGUCGAAUAUACUCGGAAAGAAACGGAAACAUGGGGUGUUGUUUUUCGAAAAUUGAACAAAUUAUAUCCAACACAUGCUUGUAAUGAAUACCUGGCUAACUGGCCAUUAUUACGAGAGAAAUGUGGAUUUAGAGAAGAUAACAUACCGCAAUUAGAAGACAUAUCAUGCUUUUUACGUGAACGAACAGGAUUUACUUUGCGACCUGUCGCCGGUUACUUAUCACCACGCGACUUCUUGUACGGACUGGCAUUUCGUGUGUUUCACUGCACACAAUAUAUACGGCAUUCAUCCGAUCCGUCGUAUACACCUGAACCAGAUUGUUGUCAUGAAUUACUCGGUCAUAUUCCACUACUUGCUGAUCCAACUUUCGCUCAAUUUUCUCAUGAGAUAGGUCUGGCUGCUAUUGGCGCAUCGGAAGACGACAUUAAUCGAUUAGCAACAUGCUACUUUUUUACUAUUGAAUUCGGUCUCUGUCGUCAAAAUGAGGGUCUUCGGGCGUAUGGCGCUGGCUUACUAUCGUCUUGCGCUGAGUUGGAACAUGCGUUAAGCGAUAAGGCGAAAAAGUUGCCAUUCGAUCCCGACGUUGUUUGUAAACAAACAUGUUUGAUAACAACGUAUCAAGAUCAAUACUUCGUCUCGGCAAGUUUUAUUGAAGCGAAAGAAAGGAUGAGGGAAUUUGCUUUAUCAAUCAAACGGCCAUUUACUAUUCGAUAUAAUCCUUAUAAUCAAAGCAUCAACGUUGUAUCGAAUACGCAACAUGUUGAACAAAUCAUUUCUGAUCUUAAAGGUGACAUUUGUAUUAUAUUUGAUGCAUUAAAAAAGUUCCAAACGAGUAUUUCAAAUGACUUGAACAAUUUCAAAUGA